AAUACAGCAAGGCCCUCCCUGACCAAUUCUCAGCAUCUUUGAGAGUGCAAUGGCGAUUCUUGAUACCAGGAAAGAGAAAUCAUUGCCCUCAACGCCGAGGAGGAUGAGAGCAGAGCUCUUUGCUUCAUCAAAAACCAAAUCUUCCCUCUCUUCCUUUUCGGGCCAUUCACCACCUGCAACACCUCCCCACACUUUUUCAGAGGCAAUGAUGGAGGAAAACAUUGAUAAUGCCGAGGUGCUUAUCAAGAAAUGGGAUCCUAAUGGGUCCUCCUACGGGAAACUGUUCCAAGAAAACAGAAAAGAAGCCAAGGAAUUCGUCAGAUGUGUGAAGGAGUUGAGAAGGGCCAUGCACUUCCUGGUUUCACAGCAUUCGAGUUCUGGCAAGCUUGUUAAAGCUCAGAACUUGAUGCACAUGGCCAUGGCAAGACUCGAGAAGGAGUUUUAUCAGAUAUUGUCUGCAAAUAGACAGUAUUUGGAUCCAGAAUCAGUGUCCAGUAGAUCCUCUCACCUGUCACAGUCACUUUCAACUGAUUCAGAGCAAGAAGAUGGUGGUUGCUCAGAUAAUGAGAUUCAGGAAGCUGGUGAAUCCAUAUCCAAGGUGGAACGGUUGUCUGUUCUAGCUAUGUCUGACCUCAGGCUGAUUGCUGACUGUAUGGUCAGCUCAGGUUAUGCCAAAGAGUGUGUUAACAUAUAUAAAAUCAUCAGAAAGUCAAUUGUGGAUGAAGGGCUCUAUCACCUUGGAAUUCAACAGUACAGCUCAUCCCACAUCAGCAAGAUGAGUUCAAAUGUUCUUGAGGAUCAGAUAAAGAACUGGCUAAAUGCAGUGAAAAUUGCAGUGAAGACACUCUUCCAUGGCGAGAGGUUUCUCUGUGACCAUGUCUUUUCUGCAUCUCAGACCAUGAGAGAAGCAUGUUUCACUGUCAUAGCAAAAGAAGGAGCCACUAACCUGUUCAGAUUCCCGGAACUUGUUGCGAAGAGCAAGGGAUCACCUGAAAAAAUGUUCCGGCUAAUGGACUUAUAUGAGGGGAUUUCAGAGCUAUGGCCUGAGAUUGAGUCAAUCUUCUCAUAUGAAUCAGUCUCAGCAGUCAGACUGCAAGCUCUCUCCUCUCUUCACAAACUCUGCAGUUCAGUCCAAACACUACUUUCUGAGUUCGAGUCAUCUAUACAUAAGAACUCAUCGAGAACGCCAAUUCUUGGUGGAGGGAUUCAUCCAUUGACCAUUUCAGUGAUGGAUUUUGUAUCAUCCCUGGGAGACUAUAGCGAUGUACUCUAUGACAUAAUUGGUGACUCUGCUGGAUCUCCUGCACGAACACCAUUUCCAGAAUCAUACUUUGAGAGCCCUCCAAGUGCCUCUGAGACUCCAACUUCAGCAGUAUCUGCCCGACUUGCUUGGAUCAUCCUCGUACUCCUCUGCAAACUCGACAGCAAAGCUGAGCUCUACAAUGAUAUUGCUUUAUCCUAUCUUUUCCUAGCCAACAACCUCCAAUAUGUAGUGGAGAAAGUAAGGUCAAGCUUCCUCAAGUGUCUCCUUGGUGAUAACUGGGUUUCAAAACUUGACAGGAAGGUGAAAUCAUAUGCAGCAAACUACAAAGCAAUGGCGUGGGCAAAAGUGUUUUCAUGUCUGCCAGAGAUAUUGGAUCCAUCACUAUCCCCUGACAGUAUAAAGGAGCAUUUUAGACAAUUCAGUGCUGCCUUUGAAGAGGCAUACCGGAAACAGACAGCAUACGUGGUUCCUGAUGGGAAGUUACGAGAUGAAAUAAAAUUGUCAGUAGCAAAAUUACUCGUACCAAUGUACAGGGAAUUCUAUGAUACAUACCUGGAAGUACUGAGCAGUGAAAAGAACUUGGAGGUGAUGGUGAGGUAUUCUCCCGAUAAUUUGGGAAACUACCUGUCAGAUUUGUUCCAUGGGGCAUCAAUGUCAAGGAGUUCAUCAUCAUCAUCUUUAUCAUCAAAUUCCCGUGUACCACGGUGCCUUAAUUAAGUCCAGGCACUUUACAGCAUCUGGAUCUUGUGUUAUUUUCAUGUAAACAAAUGUACAACUGUUUCUAGAUUCAAGCUGUAAGUUCUUGCUAUAAAGAAACUGUCUCUCAGUGGAUUCAAUACCAAAA